AUGUAUACUUGCGCCUCCUUCAUCUCCCUAAUUCUUUUCUUAUCCCUCACUAGCUUCACAGCUCUUGCUCAAAACCCUCGUUACCUAAGUCGUUAUUGUCCAAAUACGACAACUUACUCAACUAAAAGCAAGCACUUCACCAAUAUCAAAACCCUUUUGUCAUCUCUCUCUUCCCGUAAUGCCUCUUACUCCACUGGAUUCCAAAACGCUACCGCGGGACUAUCCCCCAAUAGGGUCACUGGACUUUUCCUUUGCCGUGGAGACGUCUCUCCUGAAGUUUGUCAUCGAUGCGUCACCUUUGCCGUCAACGACACCUUUACUCCGUGUCCGAACCAGAGAGAGGUUGAGCUCUAUUACAAUGAGUGUAUGCUCAGAUAUUCUCACCAGAAUAUUUUAUCGACUCUAAACACAGAUGGAAAAAUACUAAUGAAAAACAUGAAUUAUUUUACAUCUGUCACAAAAGAUAGGUUCAGAGAUUUGGUCUUGUACCCCAUGAACCUAGCCGCCAUUGAAGCUGCGAGGAGUUCCAUAAAAUUCGCUUUUAGAGAAAUAGGUUUAAGUUCACUAGAGAGUUUGUACGGAAUGUUUCAGUACACUCCUGAUCUGACGGAACAAGACUGCCUAAACUGUCUGCAACAAGGCAUCAACCAAAUAUCCAAUGACAAUAUUGGGGGAAGAUUUCUUGCGCCAAGUUGUAACUCAAGAUACGAGCUCUACGCGUUUUACAACACAUCCUCCGCUAAAACACGUCAAGGUCCUCAACUGCAGCUGGAUUCAGCUCCUCCUCCACCGCAGAUUUCGAUUUCUUUACCACGACCUGUUCUUCUUCUUUUCGUAGCUGUUUUCCGUGUCCGGACUAAGAGAAAAAAGACGAUUUAUGAGACAGAACCACUUGCUGAAGAUGGGGAUGAUAUUACAACUGCAGGCUCACUUCAGUUUGACUUUAAGGCGAUUGAGGCAGCUACGAAUAACUUUUUGCCAAGUAACAAGCUUGGACAAGGUGGAUUCGGUGAAGUUUACAAGGGUACAUUUCCUAGUGGAGUACAAGUUGCCGUUAAGAGGCUAUCGAAGACAUCAGGACAAGGUAAAAAAGAAUUUGAAAACGAAAUUGUUGUUGUGGCAAAGCUUCAGCAUAGAAAUUUGGUAAGGCUGCUUGGUAUUUGUUUAGAAGGAGAAGAGAAGAUACUUGUCUACGAGUUUGUGUCCAACAAAAGCCUUGAUUACUUUCUUUUUGACUCUACGAUGCAAAGGCAGCUUGACUGGGCAAGACGGUACAGGAUCAUUGGAGGAAUUGCUAGAGGAAUUCUUUAUCUUCACGAAGAUUCACGACUCACAAUUAUCGCGGGGAACAUCCUCUUGGACGCUGAUAUGAACCCAAUUGCAGAUUUUGGAAUGGCGAGAAUUUUUGGGAUGGACCAAACGGAAGCCAAUACAAGAAGAGUAGUUGGAACUUAUGGUUACAUGUCUCCCGAGUAUGCAAUGUAUGACCAGUUCUCCAUGAAAUCAGAUGUAUAUAGUUUUGGGGUCUUAGUUCUUGAGAUUAUAAGCGGCAUGAAGAAUAGUAGUCUCUAUCAAAUGGAUGGUAGCGUUGGCAACUUGGUUACAUAUACUUGGAGAAUAUGGAGCAAUAGGUCGCCAUUAGAGCUUGUGGAUUCUUCAUUUGGAGAUAAUUAUCAAACAAGUGAAAUUACCAGGUGCAUCCAUAUUGCUUUACUGUGUGUACAAGAAAAUGCUGAUGAUCGUCCAAACAUGUCAGUGAUACUCCAAAUGCUCACUACUAGCUCGAUAGCUCUCGCCGUACCUAGACAACCUGGAUUUUUCUUUAGAGGUAGGCAUGAACAAGUAGGAGAAGUGGGUACAUAUUCAGAUAGGUUUGCUUUAUUUUCUAUCGAUGAUGCUUCCAUUACUAGCGUUGCUCCUCGUUGAAGACAAAACUAUUCAUAAAUCUAAACAUUUGUGAUAUAUAUGAGUCUAGACUAUUAUGAUUGAAA